UUGGCACUUUCCACUUGCAUCAAUUCCUGGGUAGAUGGUAGAAGCAUUUUUCUGAGUUUAAAUAAAUUGUACACCAAUCAGUCACACUGGCUCCACAAGCGUCUCAAACCCCGGCAGCGACCAUGCUGAUGAUACGAAUAGGGCGUAUUUUUAUCUCACCGGCCAGACUAGUUCUUAUGCUGGGAACAGUUCUCUUCUUUGCCGUAGUCUUCAAACUCACAUCCAACCACAUUUCACCGCUCUACUCUUCUGGAUUACUCGAUACCAGUUUGCGAUUCACAGGUGACUCACCCCUGACUCCUGACAUGGGGUUACCGCUCGACCCAACUGCAGCCUGGAACGAGUCUCGAGUCAUUUUCAACAGAGUGAGCAAAGUAGGUAGUCGAAGUCUCCUAAACGUCAUUAUGAAGCUGUCGCAGAAAAACAAGUUUGAGCGCGCAAGAAGUCCGGUAUUCGUGAAAGUCUUCCUCAACGAGACAGGCCAGAAGAUAUUCACCAAAGAAAUAGAAGUUAUAACCCCUCCAUUCAUCUACGACCGUCACUUGGACUACGUGGAUUUUGAGCGCCAUGCAUCUAAGCCUCCAACCUGGAUCAACUUGACCAGAGACCCUGUCAGUAGACUUGUCUCCUUCUACUACUACACGCGAUUCGGCGACUCCUUCUCUGUACCAGAAUGGACCGGAGCAGCUGAAGAUUUUAACCAAACUUUCGACCAGUGUGUAUUACAAGACAAAUUUGAAUGUAGUACGCAGAACACUUUCCGAGUUGUACCCUACUUCUGUGGACAAGACGACGAAUGCCGUACUGCCAGUCGAUGGGCCGUAGAGCAAGCCAAGCGAAACGUAGUCGAAAAAUUCCUGUUCGUCGGUAUAACCGAGGACUUUAACUCCACCCUUGUAGUUUUAGAACGCCUCCUUCCCCAGUUUUUUGAAGGGGCGCUAGAAUCAUAUAAGAUUACCCUCAGUACAAUCCGAGACCAGUUUAAGUCCAAAUCCAAGAUAGAGCCAUCAGAAGAAGUCUUAAAAAUUCAACGUGAGCGCAUGGCUUUAGAAGUAGAAUUCUAUGAAUUCGUGAAAGCACGCAUGCUAUUGAUCAAACAGCAGUUAGGUAUCCCAGAACACCCAAUGUAAAAAAAAAAUGAAUUACUAUAAUAAUAUUUCCCGGAUCUGUCACCAAUCCACGUCCUUUGGUCCAUCUUCUUAUAACUUAAAAUUGUAAUAUUAACAUUAUUCUCACUAGAAGACUGAAACACUGUAUUUAUUCCCUAUACGUUAUAAUACCAAACUGACUACCAAAGGUCAUUCAUGAUGUAUCCAUGGUUUCACUGAUGUCACUUGCAUAUGUAUGCACCAGCGGCUACCAGUUCAAACAAAGGCGCUCAGUUACCCUGCAAGGAACUCCGGGGGUAUAUCUAGCCAAAUUUAGAUCACUUUUUAAUUAUCUAAAAUUGUGAUUCGCUAUUCUUAUUUUUGGCAAACCGGCACGAAAAACAAUUAAAAAAAAUACGAGUUUUUAUUAUUUAGCCUAUUUGUAAAAAAAUGAGUAAGCGAAGUUGAUUAAGCAGGCUUUACUCUGUAUAAUUGUUUGUUUAUUUUAUAUCAACAAACAUUACAAGUGGCGUGAGCCAUUGCAUGUUCAUUUUCUUAUUGUUAUAAUUCGAAAUUGGGUUUAUUUUUAAGCUUUAUAAGCGUAUUUUAGGGGUGAGCAUUUUUACAUUAGAAAACAAAUAUCAAAAUAAAGAUAUCAAACUUUACUAAUAAUUUGAGAUGCUACACUAAUGUUUUUUUCAAGGAAACCUAAUUUUUCCGAUAAUUUUACAUGUCAAAUAUAUUUUGCAUGAGCGAUGCCGUCACCAGACGUCUUCAAGGAAUCACUCGUGUCUUUCAUAAGCUAAAUAAGUAGAUUCGUUGAGUCUUUGACGAUUUACGUUACCUGCUGAAAACUACUUAAGUAUGUGUUAUUGACUAUGUAGCGGUGUUGGGUCAAAGUUAUAUUUACAAGAACCAUGGCUUAAUAAAAUAAAAUUAAAUAACGAAAAACUCUCUAUAACUGUUCAGUAACUUUUUACAAGAAAAAUAUAAAUACUGUCGCACCAGAAUUGUGGCUGGAAAUCAUUCGUUACAUGUAAUUUGUUUUCUUAAAAAUUAAUAUUGUGACAAUUUAGAAGACCAAAAUGCAAUCGACUAGUAAAAUGUAAAUUUAGUAGGAUAGAGAAAUUAAUCCACAUUCUGGAUGACAUGGGUUGAUUAAAAUGUAACAGGCUGUUCAUGUCGUAUGUGACGUAUGUGUGAAUUGUGUACUAUAAAUUGAUGAAUAAACUCAGUGCUGAUGACGUG